AUGCAUUAUCGAAUAUAAGAUGAAUAAUAUAAUAUUUAUAUCCCUAACUUCAAAAAGAAAGAAGGCAUAAUGAUGAAAAAAUCCAUCUUUUAUUUCUUGCUCUUAGAAAUAAUUAACACUCAAUCUUCACAUACUUGUCCUACUGGUUGUUCAGUGUGCAGUGGAUCUAGUGGCAAUUGUAGUGCUUGCUUAUCUGGAUAUUACUUGGUAGGGUAAAAUUGUAAUCAAUGCCCAACAAGUGAUUGCUCACUAUGUCGACUACCAUGUUAAGUUUGUGUAAUAAAUAGUUCAGAUUGUUAAACAUGCAAUGACUUAGCUAAUUAAGAGGGUGUUACCUGUUAAUGCAAACCAGGAUAUAUUAUGAACACCUCAAAUUACUUUUGCGAUUAAUGUUAAUUUCCAUGUGUCACAUGUUAAACAACAGUAAAUUAUUGUUUAACAUGUGCUGCAACCUAUACUAUAGAUUCAAGUACUCAUACAUGUUCAUGCUUGACUAAUCAAUAUGAAGUAAAUGGUACACCAAAAACAUGUCAAAAUUGUACGAGUCCAUGUUCAACUUGUACAUAAUCUGCAACUAAUUGUGGUUCAUGUGUAACUGGAUUAAAUAGAAAUCUAUAAACUAACUAAUGCGUUUGUGAUGAUGGAUAUUAUGAAAAUACUACAUGUUAACCAUGUUAAUAACCAUGCAUUAACUGUAUUUCAUUAUCAGUUUGUACAUCAUGUAAAGAUCCGACUUAUUAAUCAGGAUCGUCAUGUAUUUGUUAACAAACUUAUUUUAUGAAUGACUCUUAUAUGUGUUAAAAUUGUGUUGCCCCUUGCUAAAAUUGUAGUUCAGAAUUGUUAUGCGAAUCAUGUAUAUAAAAUUAUUACAUUUCUGGAAAUAAUUGUUUAUAAUGCACUUGGCCAUGUUACAAUUGUGUUGAUAUUCCUACAAAAUGUACAUCAUGUGUUGAUUCAAAUAUAACACCAAUCAAUAAUGUAUGUAGUAGUGGUGGUUGUCCUGAUGGAUAAUUUAUGGAUGCAUCAUUAAAUUGUCAACCUUGUAUUCAUCCUUGUCUUAAGUGUUAAACAAAUGGUAAUCAUUGUUUAGAGUGUGCAAAUACAUUUGAAAUGAGUACUACUACUCCAAAUACAUGUGUUUGUCCUGUUCACAAAUAUCUAGUAGUAACUAAUAAUCCUACUGAAUGUCUGUCUUGUACUUAACCAUGUGAUACAUGUUCAGGAACAGCUGAUCAUUGUUUAACAUGUAUAGAUAGUAUUAAUUAAACUGUUGAUUCAUCAUAUGAAUGUAAAUGCAAUUCUGGUUUUAUAACGAAUGGAGUAAAUUGUGAAGCUUGUCAAAAACCUUGUCUAUAAUGUUAAGGAACUACUAAUUACUGUACUGCAUGUAAAGAUAUAGAACAUUUUAUAUCUAAUGGAUAAUGUAUUUGUAAUCCUGGUUACAUAAAUGAUAAUGACUAUAAUUGUAUACCUUGUUAAGAUGAAUAUUAACUUGUUUAAGGAUAAUGUAUAUGUGAAAUAGGAUAUUAUUAUAUUGAUUUUCAUUGUGAAUAAUGUAGUUAGAAUUGUAGUAAAUGUAACUCAAAAUAUGAAUGUACCGAAUGUAUAGAUUAAUAUUAUUUAUAAAAUACUUAAUGUUUAAAAUGUCAAUUUCCAUGUUUAUAAUGUUUUGAUAUUUAAACUUGUGAAACAUGUACUGAUAAUUAUUUCAUUGAUGAUAAGGGAAGAUGUAUAUAAUGCAUGUAAAAUUGUGAAUAUUGUAUUGAUUCAACUAAUUGUGUUAAGUGUUUUGAUGAAUUCUAUUAUCAUAAUUAGACAUGUAUCCCUUGUUCUCGUUAAUGUUAGACAUGUGAAACAAAUAGUAAAUUUUGUAUAUCCUGUUAAAAUUCAAAUCACAUACUAGAUAAAAAAAAAGGUACUUGCUAUUAAAUUAAUGAUUUUGGGGAUUAGUAUGAUUAUGAUGUUUUAGAAGAAAUACUAUUACUCCAAGAUAUCAGAUGCAAUAAAAAUUAAUAAUUGAUAGGUUACGCAUGUAUUGAUUAAUGUGGAAAUGGUAUACUUAAUGAAUAAUAUGAAUAAUGUGAUGAUGGUAAUCAACUUGGAGGAGAUGGGUGCUCAUUUUUUUGUAUUUAAGAGGAUUCCUAUUUGUGCAAAAACUAUGUAAAUUCUCCUAGUAUUUGUUCAUUUAUACAAGCUCCAGAUUUUAGAUUGAAUCUUCUCUCCAAUUAAUAAAAUCAAACUUAGCUUAUUGA